CGAGGGAACGCCCUACCGACGAGCAGGUUGAGAUCACAGAUCCUUUUAACUAACAAAUGAAAAGAGGUUACAGACCGGACGUACGGCUUUUCGAGCAGAUCGUGGCUGCUCUUUUCCGCUGUUCUCUCCCUACUCUGAUACAGAGGACUGGCAAGAUUUAAAGAGGCGCAGUCACAGAAUAAAGGAUCGAGAUGAAAAACUUCUUGAACGAUCGGGCGUUGGGAGAAAAGACGAAGAGAUGACCAGCCUGUUUCGUCUGAGAAAGGUCGAUUCACCCAGUUUCGUUUUCGACAUAUUCAGAAUAUGACCGCCUGGGAACGACUGCUGCCGCCGCUCCUGUGGGCAGCAGCUGCGCUUUGCAUUGCGAAAGAUUGCAAUAACCGUAAACUCAUUGUCGGUAUUGAAGGAGAAGACAUUGUUUUGUCACCGUUAGUUACAGACAACCUAACAGGAAUUUCUUGGAAGAAAGGAGAAAAUAUAGUGGCUGACUCCAGGUUUACAGUUGGAAAGGAAAAUCAAAGAAUUAGUUUUAACUCUUCCUCUGGCAGUUUGUUUCUCAAAAACCUUUCACAGAAUGAUACUGGAAAUUACACAGCAAAAGUUUUCAUUAAGGAGAAAAUCAAGGAAACAUGCUUUGAUCUGAAAAUACUAGUACCGCCUGUUAUAAACUGCACUGUUCACAAUGACACCAUUCAAUUAAACUGUACAUCAGCAACUCAAGAUCUAUCUUUAUAUUACUCUUGGGAUUACAUCAGACCUGAAGACAUCUAUACAAACCUGUCGGUUAUUCAGCUUCGGAGGAACUCGGCCCAUUUUCAGAAAAUUACUUGUUAUGUUACAGCUUUCAGUUCAAAUGCCAGCAAAUCCUUCAAUCUGAGUGACUGUAUUCCAGAAGAUCUUGAACGUCAAUCAAGAAAUAAUUUAAAUUUAAUACCAAUGCUAAUAGUAAUAAUCACAGGUAUAGCAGUAAUACUUUUCUGGUUGCUAAAAGGAUAUGGCUCCUUUGUUUUCUGUUCAGGAAAAAAGAAAGAAAGUGAAACCCUUAAUGAAUCAGAAUCUGGAACAAGGAAUGCAAGAGAAAAUUAUAACGAUGAGAUUCCUGAGUUGCCAGGAGAAAAAAGAAACUCUCUUAAUGAAUCAGGGCUUGAACUGGAGAGUAUGGAAAAAAGGAAGAGAGAAGGUGAAGAAGCUUCUAUGCUUGAAUCUGAAAGGAGCCAGAGUUGACUUUUUCAAGGGUGGAAGAUGGCAACAUGAAAGUACCUCUGCAGACUCUCUUCAGACCAAUUCAUACAUUACCCCUUUUUAUCAAUUUUUCUCUAUUUUAAUACGUUUUAUUUUGCUUUUAAACUAUUUUUAUUUUUUAUUCUUAUCAAGUUCUAAUUUACUGACCCUUCACCCUGAAGCUGUUAACCCCGCCACCUCAUCUUUUUUUUUUAGAUUUUUUUUUAUCCCGCCUUUUUUAUUUUUAUAAAUGACUCAAGGCAGUGAACAUA